AUGGCAGAAGAAAAAUUAAUAGAGGCAGUGAGGGAACACAGAGAGCUGUAUGACACAAAACAUGCAGACGACAUGAAGGUCAAACUCAAGAACCGGAUUUGGAGUGAUAUAGCAAAGGAUCUGAAUUUGAAAGACGGGGAAGAGACAAAAAAUUCGUGGCUGAAGCUGAGAGGCAGCUAUCGAGAUGCACGACGACGACAGGUGAAAUAUAUGAAAAGCGGAGCUGCUGCUGAGAAUAUCAAGCCGUGGAGAUAUCAAAACCAGAUGUCAUUUCUUGAACCUUUUAUGACAGCUGGUCCACGUGAUAGUAAUCUAGGUGAUGACAGUGAUCACAGCUCACAAGCUACAACUAAAACAUCAGCAAGAAGUGAUGCACUGGAAACCGAGGAAUUAGAAGAUAACAACUCACUCGACAAUGAGGCGAAUGAGCAAAGUCAAGAUAUUAAUAACUACGACAGCAACUAA